UGAUAAGGCCUCGCCCAAUGAUAACACUGAUAAGAUAGCCACCAUUUUGUCAGUGUACCGAUUGUCUAUAUGUGCAUAACUCGUUUGCGUGAGAAACUAGUAGUUUAAGUGCUUUUUUUAUGUUUUUGUGAUUAUUAGGUUUUAAAAGGGAAAAUGGGGCGGUACGUAUCCUGCUUUGUUUUGGCGUUACUUGUCAUUGGCGUUAGCUGUCAAGAUGCAUCUACCAGUGCACCAGAAGAGCCUACCACACCAGAGAACGCAGUGUCAAAAGAGACUGGGAUCUGCCGCGUCUGUGUCUGUAAGGACGGCAAGGUGAACUGCAAGGAUCAGAAGUUAGGAGCCUUCUUCAAAUUAGAGCAAUGGAAAGAAUUAACCGACAUCAAACCAACACUAGUAGAUCUCAGUGACAAUGUCAUCACCAGUGUCUCAAUAAUGGCGGACUUGCCCAUUGAAGAGCUGAAUCUCUCCAACAAUAAGAUAGAAGACAUCGAGAACGCUAGCUUUAGAGACCUGCAGGAGAUGAGGGUGCUGGAUCUGAGUUAUAAUAGGCUGACAUCUAAACUCAGUCCGCACGCUUUUGAGGGUAAAUUCUCCGCCGAAGAAUACGAGCCGCUCUCCUCCAUGCGAACCCUGAACCUGGCUUACAACCAGUUCCUCCUUAACCAGGAUCUGUUUGAGCACUUGCCUGAGCUAACAUCUCUGGACCUCACUGGGAACCCACUGACUACCAUCGAUCAUGUCACCCUUAUUGCUAUCUCUAGCUUGCCUAUGUUGAAGGAUCUCCGUCUCCGCUCCUGCCAGCUGACCGAGAUCCCAGACAAGUUCCUUCACACGCCCCGCUACCUUGAAUACCUGGACCUGAGUGACAACAAGCUGACCAUGGUGCCCCAGGAGUUGGAGGAGACCAAGAACCUGGUGUACCUCAACCUGAACCAGAACCCCAUUGUCGAGCUGGAUAUGGACAAUGAGGAUGCUCUAGGUUUCCCAAUGCUCCGAAAGCUGCAAGAGUUGCACAUGUGUAAUAUGCCAGAACUCCGCCGCAUCGGCAAUGGCGCCCUAGCUGGACUCACCACGAUAUCCAAGCUACACAUCAGCUUCAACCCGAAGCUAGCUGAGAUUGCUCCGAAGGCGCUGGCGAGACCUGAUGAGCAGGGCGAGACCUUUGUCUGGCCGACCGUUAAGGAGCUUUACCUCCAGUCCAACAACCUCACAGAAGUGGACCGCCGCCUCCUCUCCCGCUGGGAGCUGGUCGAGACUGACGUCUCUGACAACCCGUGGCUCUGUGACUGUUCCACGCAAUGGAUGGUUGACGAUCUGGUCACUUAUGUCGAGCGUCGGGCAGCCAACGAGUCUGAGAAACUAGUGUAA